AUGGCGACUGGUACGCCGGAUUCGCAAGCACGAUUUGGUCAGUCGGUGAAGGGGCUUCUCACGGAGAAAGUGAAUACUUGCGGGACCGACGUGAUCGCGCUCACCAAGCAGGUGCUGAAAGGCUCCCGGAGUUCCGAGCUACUGGGGCAGGCAGCUCGGAACAUGGUACUACAGGAAGAUGCCAUCCUGCACUCAGAAGAUAGUUUAAGGAAAAUGGCAAUAAUAACGACGCAUCUUCAGUACCAGCAAGAAGCUAUUCAGAAGAAUGUUGAACAGUCACCUGACCUGCAGGACCAGUUGAGUCGGUUACUGAAGUAGCGCGUCAAAACAGUUAUUGACUUCUCUGCCCGAUGCCAAGGACGAUGUGUCUUACACAGCCAUCAGGCUGUGUGCUUGCUUUCCAUUUUCAUCUCCAAAAAUUCGUCUAGAAAAGACUUGUGGAAAGAAGUCAGGUGAUUGAACUUGGAAUCACUGGUUAAAUUGCAUUAACCUGCACUCUUAUCAGAUAUUUAAGUUGUUUCAUAUUAAAAUAAAAUUCUUAGGUUCGGUUGUUAGCACUGAAAAAAUUAAAAGACACCUUAACUUGUUAAAAACUGUAUUGGCUAACAUGAUCCUGAAGCACAUUGCUGUGCCUUUUUUUUGACAGUAUGUCCCUGUAUAGCCCUGGCUUUGAACUCUCAAGUGCUGGGAUUACAAAUCACCACAGCUGGCCGCCGAGUAACAUAGAGUCUCAGAUACUCGGGAGGCUAAGCAGGAGGCUCACUUAAGCACAGAAAGCUGCGACCAUCCAGGGCAACACAGAGAGAGCCUGUCUCCAAGAAGACAGGAGAUAGAGGGGCGGGUGUCUAUGUGAGCGGUGAGAAUGCUUCCUAUUUAAAAGAUGUUUAAUCAUUCGUUCAAGAAUCUUCAUUUAAUGGACACAGGAUGUGGAUAAAGUCUGCUGUCUCCUUGCUCACUGCAAGUUCUUAUAUGAAACUCAAUCCUCUCUGGCCAGCUGCGGCUCCUUGCCUUGACCUUUGUUCCUGGCUCCUUUCUUUCUGUGACUCUUGAUUAAGUGACCUUCCUUGGUUCAUUUUGUAAUCAUUUAUAGCAUUCCAUUUCCUUCACAUUGGCAGUAAAGUCAUGCAAGUGGAUCUGCUGAUAAUUAAGUAAAGUCAUGAAAUGAACCACAUAGAGAGACCCAGUCUCAAACAAAACGAAAAGGAUAAAAACGUAUAAAGCCAGUGAAUAGUUGUUAGAUAUUAGUUUAAGUGUCACCUCAACCAUUAAAGUAUAAAUUAAUAAAUUUAUCAGUGACUCUGACAUGUAUAAAAUGAAUUAGAUUUGAAAGAAUUCUCUCAGCUUCAUGUAGAAAAUUUGAUCAACGUAAAAAUGUCUGGCUCCAUUACAAAGCUACCAUUUGAAGGAAUGUAUCCAUAUCAGUUAAGAGAGAUAAUCCACAAAGUGUUAAAGAAGGAGCCCUUAGUGUGGCAUUUGAUUGUGGUACCGUUCCUGUGACUUCUACAGUCUGUCAAAAAACAAUAUAAACAUAUAAAACAUGACCAGCAUAUAAAACAUGACCACUAAAAAAAAAAAUGCUAGUGAGAUGGCUCAGCAGUUCAAAACACUUCUGCUUUUGGAGAGGACGCAGGUUCAGUUCCCAGAACCCACUUCAUACAGCUCAUAGCUUUCUAUAAAUAUAGCUCCAAGUGAUCUAAUGUCUUCUUCUGGACUCCUCAGAUACCUAUAUUUGAAUACAGACACAUGCUGAUAUACACAAAUAAUUUUUAAAAUUAUUAAAGCAAUUCAUUUGCUAAAGAAAAUGUAAUUUUCAUCUAAGAAUAAAAAGGAAGAUAAAACAAAAUUUAGACCAA